AUGAGACUUCGGGAGACUGGCGCCAUGGGCCUGUCUCCGAGCCACCCGCGUCUGACGGAGCGAACACCGGAGACACCGGCGACUGAGAGUGCGCUCGCAAACACAGCGAGAAGACCCUGCGACGAAGCUUCAGACAUUUCUAGUUGUGAGAGCAGGACGGAGGCACAGCGGAGAACUGGACGAGGACGAAACAAACGAGGAGAAAAACCGCUUCGGAGGAAGCGAGAAAAGUCCUCGCGACCUUCGCUUCUGCAAAAGGCAACCUCUCUCUGUUUCAUUCUCACCUCGAGAUUGUGCAUUCGAAUAAACCGCAUUGACGAGGAAGGCUAUAUCCUACACAGAGCAGGCAGCUGA